UUGAUGUGCCAAGUGAUUUCAUUCUCUUUGUGAUUGUUUGUGAUGUGAUUACUGCUUUGCAAAAUUGCAGUGUUUUUGUGUUUACUUAUAAAAUUAUAAAUUCGAUAAAUAUUGUUAUUUUAUAUGCAAUGAAGAAUUUGAAACAUAUACAUCAUAAUUUUAAGCAAUGUUGAAUAUUAAAAAUUAUGGUAGCAGUUCAGAAGACGAUGAAGAUACGGAGUGUAAUGAAGAACAUAGCAAUGAGAAGUUACUAUCUCACUUAAAACCUGUGGAUUCUCAUUUAUCUAUUGCUAAGAAAAUGCAAAUAUGUGCCGCACCUGUAGUUAUGCCUACGAACAAUGACGACACGAGAGUUUUAAUACCUAAUAAUCAAGAACUUACCCAUAAUCCUAAAUAUGAAGAGCUUUUUGCUCCAAUCUAUGGCCCAGAAAACCCAUUUCAAACUCAACAAAUGAAGGCAAAUAAAAACAUAUUGUCAGGCUAUGUGGAAAAAGCACAUAUUAGUGAAUUUCAAUUUGAAAAUCAGAGACGAACAUUUACUAGUUAUGGAUUUGCAAUAGAUCCAUCUACAGAGCCCAUUGCUGACAUUGGAAAGGGGGAUGGUGUUGUAGUUUCAGAAAUGGUGGUCCAACCAGUUGAGGCAGAAGGUAAAACUGUAUUUGAAAGUAUUAAGAAAAGGCCCCUUGAUAAAAAGAAAAGAAAUAAAAAUGACAAUCCCUCAGAUAUUGAGGGAUUUCUUGGACCAUGGGGAGGAUAUGUUGGAGAAAAAAGAGUUAUGAAGCCUGAAGGUGAUGAGGCUAAAGAGUUAGAAGAGAUAGUUGCCAAACGUCAAAAGAAAGGAAGGGUUGAUGAUGACAAACCACUGGAGGAAAAAUCUAUAUUCCACAUUGACAAAGACACAGAUUACCAGGGAAGGUCGUGGAUAGAGCCGCCACGUAGUGAGACUCAGCUUCGGAGUGACACACCACCCGCUAAAUGUUUCUUACCCAAGUCACAUAUAUUCACAUGGAAGGGACAUACAAAAGGUGUGGCAGCAGUGCGCUGGUUCCCUAACACUGCUCAUCUUAUGCUGUCUGCGGGGAUGGAUUGUAGAGUGAAGAUAUGGGAGGUGUAUGGGUCCCGGCGCUGUGUACGGACGUACUUCGGUCACCGGCAGGCCGUGCGAGAUGUCAACUUCGAUAACGAUGGCAAGAGAUUCCUGUCAGCUGCCUACGACCGCUAUAUCAAGCUCUGGGACACGGAGACAGGCGCCUGCAUCAGCCGGUUCACGUCUCGGAAGGUCCCCUACUGCGCCAAGUUCAACCCUGACCCGGAGAAACAGCAUCUCUUCGUGGCCGGCACUUCGGAUAAAAAGAUUAUAUGUUGGGACACUCGUACCGGCGAGGUGGCCCAGGAGUAUGACCGGCACUUGGGCGCCGUCAACACGAUCACGUUCGUCGACGACAACCGACGGUUCGUCACCACCUCCGACGACAAGAGUCUGCGGGUGUGGGAGUGGGAUAUUCCGGUGGACAUGAAGUACAUCGCGGACCCCACGAUGCACUCGCUGCCAGCUGUCACCAGCGCGCCCAACGGCAAGUGGCUGGCGUGCCAGUCCAUGGACAACAAGGUGGUGGUGUUCAGCGCGCUCAACCGCUUCAAGAUGAACCGCAAGAAGACCUUCACCGGCCACAUGGUGGCUGGCUACGCUUGCUGCGUCGACUUCGCGCCCGACAUGAGUUAUUUGGUGUCCGGUGACGCCGACGGUAAGUGUUACAUCUGGGACUGGAAGACGACGAAGCUGUACAAGAAGUGGAAGGCGCACGACGGAGUGUGUAUAUCGACGCUGUGGCACCCGCACGAACCCAGCCGACUACUCACGGCGGGCUGGGACGGCGUCAUCAAAUACUGGGAUUAAAUGAUACUACAAUAUACGA